CAGCAUGGGUUGUGGGGUGACCCUACAAUAACAUACGGGAGGACAUGACCCUACAGUAACACGGUGAGGGUCGUGGGGUGAUCCUACAGUGAUGCAGGUGGGGGAUGUGACCCUACAAUAGUACAAUGAGGGUCAUGGGGUGACCCUACAACAACAUGGUGGGGGGGACACGUGACCCUACAAUGACACGGGGUGAUCAUACAGUAACAUGGGAUGGUCUUAUGAUAGUGGGGGAGGCCAUGGGGUGACCCUGCAAUAACACAAGGAGGGCUGGGGGUGACCCUACAGAAACAUAAGGGGAGAACGUGAUCCUACAAUAACACAACAAGGGUCGUGGGGUGACCUUACAAUAAUGUUAUGGAGGACAUGACCCUACAGUAACACAAUGAGGAUCAUGGGUGACCCUACCGUUACCCAGUGAGGGCCAGGGGGUGACCCUGCAAUAAUGCAGGUGGGGAAUGUGACCCUACAGUAACAUAAGGGAUGGGGAUUCCAUAAUAACAUGGGGUGACCCUACAGUAACAUGGUAGGGGGGACAAGUGACCCUAUGAUGGCACAGGGUGAUCAUACAAUAACAUGGGAUGGUCUUAUGAUAAUGGGGGAGGUCAUGGGGUGACCCUACAAUGACAUAAGGAGACCCAUGGGGCGGCCCUGUGAUAACACAGGUGGGGAUGUGACCCUACAGUAACAUAAGGGAUGAUCCUGUGAUAAUGGGGGAGGCCAUGGGUGACCCUACAAUAACACAAGGAGCGCCAGGGGUGACCCUACAAUAGCAUAAGGGAGGACAGGACCCUACAAUUACACAAUGAGGGUCGUGGGGUGACCCUUCAAUAACGCAGGUGGGGAAUUGUGACCCUACAAUGACACCGGGUGACCCUACAAUGACAUGGGAUGGUCAGAUGAUAAUGGGGGAAGCCAUGGAGUGACCCUACAGCAACACAAGGAGGGCCAGGAGUGACCCUACAAUGACAUAAGGAGACUCAUGGGACAGCCCUAUGGUAACACAGGUGGUGGAUGUGACCCUACAAUAACAUGGGGUGACCCUGCAAUAACAGGUGAGGAAUAUGACCCUCCAGUGACACAGCAGAGGAACGGGACCGUGGACACGACCCUACAACACCUCACAGUAAGGAGGGGGGACACACGGGGCGGCCCUAUGAAAACACAGCGGGGCACCGUGCGGUAACAGCGGGCGACCCUACAGUAACUUGAUGGGGGGGGGGGGAAGAAGCAGGCGGUCACGUGAGAACAGCGCCACGCGCGGGCGACCUUCGACCCGACCGCAACACAGCGGGAGGGGGCGCGGCCUCCGUCGCCAUGGAGACGGCGGGGAGGGGAGCGGGUGGUACCGCGGUGUCGCGCAGCGGCCGGUGCCGUAGAAGGAGCCGCGCUGCCGUAAAGGACGCCGCGCUGCCGUAAAGCAAUCCGGAGGCGGCGCACUGAGAUGGCGACGAUUGGGCUCGGGGCCGGCGGAGGGGGAGCGGUUGGGGAACGCGGGGCUCGCGCCUGAGCGUUGGCCGGGAACGGCAGCAAAAGGGAUUGUCACUGUUGUCCCUGUGGCGCUGUGGUGCUGGGACGGCUGUCCCUGGUUCCCGACCCUGCCAGGCCUUCACCUUUCCUCUGCCAGCAGAGCUCUGCCGCUGCUUGCAGGACAGCGUGGUCCCCACGGCGGGGCCGCUCCAGCUCCUGUUCUCUCCCUCUCUUGCCUUCAGGGGAAGCACACAGCGGGAAAGGAGAUGUCGGAUAAGGGGAGCAGCAUGGACGGAAAGACGGACAUCGCGAAUGGUGAAGGCAGCCUGUCCAGCAGCCCAGAGGAGAUGUCAGCCGAGGAGGGCAGAGAAAUUUCUUCCGGCAUCGAGGUGGAGGCAUCCGACCUCAGCCUGAGCCUCACUGGAGACGACGUGGGGCCCAACCGCACCAGCACAGAGAGCCGUGACACCGACACCGAGAGCUCAGGGGAGGAGAAGGACUCUGACAGCAUGGACGACACGGGCCACUACUCCAUCAACGAGGAGUCACGCACCCUCGACUGCUCGCACUCGGAGGAGGAGGAGGAAGAGGAGGAAGAGGAGGAGCAGCGAUCCCACCGCCGCGCUCAGCGCAAACGUGCCAACCACGACCGAGACUCCUCGGACGACGAGCAGGCGCUGGAGGACUGGGUGUCCUCGGAGACCACGGCGCUGCCGCGGCCCCGCUGGCAGGCCAUCCGUGCCCUGCGGGACAGGGAGCUGGGCUCCAGCCCCCGCUUUGUCUACGAGGCCUGCGGGGCCCGGCUCUUCGUGCAGCGCUUCCGCCUGCAGCACGGCCUGGAGGGCCACACGGGCUGCGUUAACACGCUGCACUUCAACCAGAGAGGCACGUGGCUGGCCAGCGGCAGCGACGACCUCAAAGUGGUGGUGUGGGACUGGGUGCGGAGGCGGCCGGUGCUGGAGUUUGAGAGCGGCCACAAGAGCAACGUCUUCCAGGCCAAGUUCCUCCCCAACAGCGGUGACUCCACGCUGGCCAUGUGUGCUCGGGACGGGCAGGUGCGGGUGGCUGAGCUCUCGGCCACGCAGUGCUGCAGGAGCACCAAGCGUGUGGCACAGCACAAGGGAGCUUCUCACAAGCUGGCCCUAGAACCGGAUUCCCCAUGCACUUUCCUAUCAGCAGGUGAAGAUGCUGUCGUCUUCACCAUUGAUCUGCGACAAGACCGGCCUGCCUCGAAACUGGUGGUGACAAAGGAAAAGGAGAAGAAGGUGGGGCUGUACACCAUCUUCGUGAACCCAGCCAACACCUACCAGUUUGCUGUGGGAGGCAGAGAUCAGUUUGUGAGGAUCUACGACCAGCGGAAGAUCGACGAGAAUGAGAACAACGGCGUGCUGAAGAAGUUCUGCCCCCACCACCUGGUAAACAGCGAGUCCAAAGCAAACAUCACCUGCCUGGUGUACAGCCACGAUGGCUCUGAGCUGCUGGCCAGUUACAACGAUGAGGACAUCUAUCUCUUCAACUCCUCGCACAGCGACGGCGCUGAGUACAUCAAGAGAUACAAAGGGCACCGCAACAACGCCACCGUGAAAGGUGUCAAUUUUUACGGCCCAAAAAGCGAAUUUGUGGUGAGCGGCAGCGACUGUGGCCACAUCUUCCUGUGGGAGAAGUCCUCCUGCCAGAUCGUGCAGUUCAUGGAGGGCGAUAAGGGCGGCGUGGUGAGUUUGCCUGCUCCAUCCUCGCUCCCUUCAUGUCCCCACCGACCUCCCCCCCAGUUUGUGUCAGCAUCCCGCCGAGCUCCUCCUAAGGCUGACAGCUGAGCAGUCUAUGCUGCACGUCCAGCAUUGGGCUGGAGGAGCCCCUGGGUGCUGACGUGAGCUCAGAGAGCAGCCCCACAUCACUUCGUUGGGGUUGGGAAUGCAGAGGGAAGAGCCCCCGGGUGCCCCCACCCAAGGAAGGGGACAGCGGUGGGCCUGGCUCUGGGUGAAGCUCCCCACCCCACUGUGCUCACAGCUGCACGGGGCCAUCCCACACUGCAUUUCCCACGCUCCAUGCUCAGCUCCCAAGCGACGACACGGCCCCCCUGCCACAUUUCCAACCCCCCUCCCAUCAUUUCCAGCCCUGCCUUGGGCUGACAGCCGUGACAGCCGUGGAGCUGCUGGCUCCCCAAGUGCUGGCAGCUCGGUGCCACUCACGCAGCACAGCCGCCCUUUGUCUGGGUGGCCGAGGCAAUGUGCCAACAAUGCCUGGUGGCUGCUGGCACCGCCACCCCCGGCCGGCAGCGCGCCCGUGUCCCCCCCCCCUCGCCCCCCACCGGGCUGCGGUGCUGCCGGGCUCUGUUUUUCCCUUUGCUUUCCUCCUCCUCCCCCCCCGUCGCUCCCCUCGGCGCCCCGCGCAUUACUCAGGGCUCGGUGCACCCUUUGCGUGGUGAUGGGGACGGCGAUGCGCUGGGCUGGCAGCACCGGGCGGGGGGGGCCACAGGGAGCCCCUCUGCCCACAGCACCAACCCCUUCCUCUGCUGUGUCCCUUCCCGUGCGGCACCCAGCUGUGCCUGGGGUGAGGGUCUCUCUGUGGCCACAGUUGUGGCACCUGUUGGUGCUGAUUGUGGUCCCCCCGUGGGUCUGGCUGUCACUGUGCCCCCCCACCCCCCCAAAUUCAUGCUUUUGCGCCUGUUUUCCACCCCCCUUCUGGCACCG